GACUUUUAUAUUCUUGAAAUUUUACUUUUGAAUUUUAGGCCAUUAGCUCAGAUUGAUGCAUUUCAGUCUCUACUACCUCUCCACACAGCUGUCUCCUCUGCUCGGCUUACCUCUUGCCUUGGGGCCGACACCAAAGGCCGCCGGUCGCUAUCUCAGGGUAUGCUCUGCAGUGCCAACCAUGGAGUUUGAUAAAUUUUAUAAUGUUUCUGUAAGCAUACUACUUUUAUCUUUAAUAGUUCCUUCCAAGUUGGUAGAUUUCUGUGAUUCUUUUGUUUUUUCAUUUAUGAGUUACUGAGUAAAUUAUCGUGUUCCUUUGUUUACAUGUACAUUAUGUGGGAUUGAUACAGGUGAUCAUGUUUGGCUAUGCUCAAUAAUAAGUCUCUAGAAAGGAAGUCUAUAAAACUAAGUGUUGUUAAUUAUGUUUAGCAAAAGAAGUAAGUUUGACUUACUUUUAAUGAGCCAGAAUGUAUUUGAUAGGUAAUUUCUAGUUUAACUAAAAUGAAACAUGGAUAGAGAGAGAGAGAGAGUUAUGGCAUGUGAUGACAUGCAUGAGGAGAGAUGUGGAGAGUAAGUGGUUAAUAUACAUCAUUCCAGAAUCCAUAAUGGAAAAGCUCGUUGUGUGGAUGUUGUACGCUCUUUAUUCUGCACUGUGCACAGUGCGUCUCUGGUUGCAAUUGUGACCUAUCAUCAAGCUCUUGUGGUAUAUUUUGACGCCUUGCUUGUCAUGAGUGUUGGUUGGGGUUGCUUAAGUUGUUGCCUAUAAGGGUCGCCUAUGACAUGUAUGAUCCAAUACGAUAAUUUUGUUGAAAGUUUUAACUUUAUAGCAGUUUGGCAACUUGUGCUAUAGAUUCUAGAUAUCUGUAUCGUCAAACUAUCUUUUUCAAAUGAAAUGUCUCGGUUUAACGAAAGCAAUCAAUAAGGCGAGAUUAUAACGUCUUUUUUUUCCCCAUUCAGACGAUUUGAGGUUUUUAGGUAAAUAAUAAUUUGGGUGUAAAAUGUAGAUGCUACAUGAUGGAAGGAAAAUUGGUAAUUAUGCCGGGAGCUGGCUUUCAUUGGAAGUUUAGGUUUUGGGUGUAGGUAUUCUUUUAUUUUCUCGGACUAUUUUAUAUUUCAGUUCUUUUAACUCAUGUUUUAAACUUGUUUUUUGUUGAAAUUGUAAUUUUGGAGUGUAGGGUUGUGAUGUAGCCUAUUGAGGUCACAGUUCUCUAGCAUCGGUUGAGUUUCAAAUCAAAUCAUAAAA